AUGUCAUUAUCAGAGCAUCAUCAGUUCACACAUUCUACAAGAAGAAGAGCAUCUGUUGUAUAUGGAUCAGUAGGUAAACAAGGACUUUACGUUCCUUCAGACUUCAUUGACCAACCACCAUUGGAAGAAAAUAUUGUCGAUGAAAAUCAAGACAAUAACGAUGAAACAGAACCACUUUUAUCACCACCAACACACUUGCAACAAUAUCAGCAACAGGAUCAGCAUUCACCACAAACAAAUGCAACAUCCUCUCGCAAACACCGUCGUCUGAGUAUUGCAUCAAAUGAGAUUCUUGAACAAGAACGAGAAAUACUCACUACAAACCAUAUCGCAGUCAAUGACCCCAAAAAUGAAGAUGAGAUUCGACUAACUUUUGAUCGUGCCGUGGCCAAUCACCAGAUCCAAACAACAACACAUUUACAAGAGUUCAAGAGUUUAAUCAAAUUAUCUAUUCCAAGCGUAUGGACUUUCCUCUUGCAAUGCUCACUUUCCACUGUCUCGGUCUUUUCAGUUGGACACCUCGGUGCAACAGAGUUGGCGGCGGUGUCAAUGGGUGCAAUGACGGCUAAUAUCACCGGAUACGCCACCAUUCAAGGGAUUGCGACAGCAUUGGACACCUUGUGUCCACAGGCAUUUGGCGCAAAAAGAUAUCAUUUGGUGGGAGAUUACUUACAGAAAUGUCUUGCAUUGAUUGCCACUGUGAUGUUCCCCGUGCUUAUAUGCUGGAUUUUUUUCGGCAACGACUUGAUCUGCUUAAUAGUGCCAGAUAAGGAAACUGCCAAAUUGUCUGCAGUAUAUUUAAAGUACGUUGCUUUUGGUAUCCCCGGAUACAUUGCAUUUGAAUGUGGCAAAAGAUUCUUGCAGGCACAGGGGGUUUACGAGAUUGCCGCUUAUGUGCUAUGUAUCGCUGCACCAACAAACUUGGUAAUGAACAUCACAUUGGUGAAACUGAUUGGUUAUAUUGGUGCACCAAUUGCCGUGGCAAUCAAUUAUUGGUUUAUGGCAGCAAUGCUCUUAUUUGCCACUAUUUAUUUAGUGAAACCAGAAUCAACACCAACGGGACUUCAUCCCAUGAAAUGUUGGGGCGGUUUAAAUAUCCGCAAGGCCUUUUCUGGAUGGCGCCGUUUAUUGUCACUCGCCAUACCUGGUUUGAUAAUGCUUGAGGCUGAGUUUUUGGCAUUUGAGAUCUUGACGCUUAUGGCAUCAUACAUUUCAACCACUGCCUUGGCAGCACAGUCCAUAGGUACAACUAUGGCAUCACUCACUUAUCAAGUUCCCUUUGCCAUCGGUAUUGCGUCGUCUACCCGUAUUGCCAAUUACUUGGGCGCAGGCUUGGCACAAUCAGCCAAGAUCACGACUCAAGUUUCCCUCAUGUUUGGCUUGUUUAUUUCUUUACUAAAUUUUGCUGUGCUAUUCAUAUUCCGCGUGCAAAUCGCCAAUGCAUUCACAAAUGAUCAAGACGUAAUUGACACUGUACUUGCAGUAAUGUGGCUUAUUGCAACCAUGCAGAUUGUUGAUGCAAUGAAUGCCAAUUCUGCAGGUUGUUUACGUGGACAGGGACAGACAAAGAUUGGUGGUAUUGUUAAUUUGGUGAGUUAUUACGUUGUGGGAAUCCCAUUAUCAAUCUAUUUGAGUUUUUAUUCUCCAUGGAAAGGGUCACUAGAUGGAUUGUGGAUUGGUACAACUGUUGCAUUGGCAAUCAUUGGAGUUGUACAAAGUUACUAUGCGCUCGCAGCAAACUUUGAAAGAUUAUGUGAGCAAGCAAGAAAGCGGACCGGCGGUAGUGUUGUAUAA